CAAAAGAUACAUCGAGGUUGUCCCACUGUCAGGCCUCACCCACUAAGCUGUUACCGCACCGUGAUAUAAAGAACCCGACCCGUCCACAGCCAUACAGCAAGCAAGCAGCUAAUCAAACCAAGAAUGGAUGUGCAAGUGUUAGAGAAGUUCCUCGUCUACCCCUCUCCCUCCCCAUUCCACCAACGGUCGGAUGAAUGCCACGUCCUCCCUCUCUCCCACCUCGACAACGAUCGCAACGUUCACGUCCCCUUCCGCACCCUCCGCGCCUAUGCCAAUUCCAACCCUUCAUCUCCACAUCCCGCCGAUCCCGUCCACGUCAUCUCCCAAGCCCUCUCUAAAGCCCUCUUCUACUACUACCCCGUCGCCGGCACUCUCCGACGCCGCCCAAUAGACGACCGCCUCGAGCUAUCGUGCGCCGAGGGGCAAGGCGUGCCUGUCAUCCGCGCCUCCGCAGACCGCUCUCUCGCAGCCGUCAACUACCUCGACGAACCGGGCGCGUCUUUCCUCGAACGGCUCGUGCCCGAUCCUAAUUCGGGCGAAGAGCUCCUCCACCCGCUUGUCAUACAGAUCACGAUCUUCGCGUGCGGUGGAUUUAGCCUCGGCAUGUGCGCCCACCAUUCCUUGUUCGACGGCAUGGGGUCGACGCAUUUCUUGGGCGCGGUGGCCGGGUUCGCGCGCGGGGCGGCUGAGCUGGCGAUUGAGCCCAUCUGGGACCGGGCGGUUCUGCUCGGGCCGAGAGAUCCUCCGCGGGUCGAGUUCCCUUUGAGCGAGUUUCUGAGCUUGGACAAGGAAUUCUCUGCGUACUCGACCGUGGAGUAUCCGAUUCUGCGGGAGUGCUAUCACGUGAGGGACGAGUGCGUGGAGCGUUUCAAGGGUCUGCUGCUGGAAGAGUCGGGCUCGAGCUUUACGACCUUCGAAGCUUUGGGUGCGUUCAUAUGGCGGGCCAGAGUCAAGGCCUCAGGCGUUCCCAGCGAUGCGAAGGUGAAGUUUGUCUACUCUACGAACAUAAGAAAGCAGGUGAAGCCAGCAUUGCCCGCCGGUUACUGGGGCAACGGCUGCGUUCCCAUAUACGUGCAGACGAGCGCCGCAGAGCUGGUGGAGCAGCCCGUUUGGCAGACCGCUGAGAUGAUCAAGAAGAGCAAACGGAACAUCACAGAUGAGUAUGUCCGUUCAUUCAUUGAUUUUCAGGAACUCUACUACGCCGAUGGAAUCACGGCCGGGGAACGUGUGAGCGGGUUCACGGAUUGGAGACACUUGGGCCAUUCGGCUGUGGAUUUUGGAUGGGGCGGUCCUGUGACUGUGCAGCCAUUGUCAUGGAACUUGCUUGGGAGCGUAGAGCCUUCCUUUUUCUUGCCUUACUCAUCUGCGAAUGAAGGGAAGAAGGACGGGUUUAAGGUUCUGGUGUCUUUGCCCGCAGCUGCCGUUCCGGCUUUUAAGGAGGAAAUGGAGAUUUUCAACAGCAAAUAGUAGCUGCUUUGAUGUAUUUUAAUUUUCUCAUAUAUGCUUCAAUGAAAUAUUGUGAAGCCCAUCUUUCACCAUCCAUGGUUUGUUAUGUAGUGCCUAUACAACGAGACAUGAUGUAUGAGGUGAAUAUAAAUCCCAUUUGCUCGGAUCAGACGGUUAGGAUUGCC